UCUCUCUUCUCACAGUCGGAAGAAACCCUACCCGAAAAUCCCCCUUUCCGGAAAUCCCCAAUUGGAUUCGCGGAAUUCCUUACAUGGGAAAGGUGCCGGACGACGCUUCGAAGGCCUCUUCGUCUUCCUCCCCUCCGCUCCCCUCCGCCGCCUCCUCCUCCACGUCGAUCGCCGACACCAUCAAUGGCUCCCAACACUUCCAGAUCAACGGGUACUCGCUGUCCAAGGGGAUCGGGAUCGGCAAGUACAAGGCCUCCGACACGUUCACCGUCGGCGGGUACCAGUGGGCGAUCUAUUUCUACCCCGACGGGAAGAGCGUCGAGGACAAUGCGGAGUACGUGUCCCUCUUCAUUGCCCUGGCCAGCGAGGGAUCCGACGUGAGGGCGCUCUUCGAGUUGACGCUGUUGGAUCAGAGCGGGAAGGAGCGGCACAAAGUGCACAGCCAUUUCGGGCGGACGCUCGAGGGCGGGCCCUGCACUCUUAAAUACCGCGGUAGCAUGUGGGGCUACCAACGAUUUUUCAAGCGGAGUCUUCUUGAGACGUCGGACUACCUCAAAAACGAUACUAUUUCAGUACAUUGUAUUGUUGGUGUUGUUAGAUCACAUACAGAAGGACCAAAGAUUUUCUCCAUACCUGUUCCACCUUCUAGCAUAGGCCAAGAUUUUGGCAAGCUUUUGGAGAGUGGGAAAGGAGCUGACGUAAAUUUUGAAGUAGAUGGUGAAGUUUUUCCUGCUCACAAGCUGGAGCCAUCAGUUUUCAAGGUCCCUAGUAUGGAGAAACAUCCCAUUCAUUUUGGGUUUCCGCGGGAGAUAGACUACGAGUCUACCUUCUUCCCUAUUCCCGGGACUACCCAGACGCGUGAGUUAUUGGUGACCACGAUUUGGGUCGAUAAGGGUCUCCUUCAUUUGGUACCUCAUCGCUACAAAGCGUGGCUCAUUAAUGAGCAUAAUGGUGCUUGGGAGGGUCUCCUGCAGGAUUUUGACGGACCGCUCGUCGAAACAGAGGAUGGUGGCAUGGAGGAUCCCAAGCCCGAGUCGGAAGAAUCCGGGGUAUAGGUUGCUUAGGCAUUUCUUUUUGAAAUAGACUUAUGUAUUUGAACUUGUAGGACUAACUCGGUAUAUAUAUAAAUAGUAGUUUGUGAAAAAUGGUGUAUUUUUACUAUCCUAUGUUUGAUUGUUGGUCGGGUGUUUA